AUGGCGCUGCUCCUGUUGCUGCGGAUCCCUCUGGUUUUAUACCUCACCUCUGAAGCUUAUCUUCACUCUAAACUCUGCAAAUUGUUUGUAAUUUCUACAGUCCAUGCAGCAAUCUACAGGACAAGACCUCAACCCAUAGCAGCUCUACUAGGACAGACUAUCACACUGAGAUGUUCAUUUAAAAACCUGAGAUCGGACGAUGUGGUCAACUGGUUUGGACCUCCAGAGUUCCAGCAUAUAUCUGCAGCCAGAAACGUCCAUUCGCGGUACACAAGAUAUUCUGUUGUGGACUCUAACGCUGACGCUGGAGAAUUCAACCUGGAAAUUCGGAAGGUGAAGCUAGAGGAUGACGGGAUUUAUCGAUGUAGUACGUUUUAUGCCGAGAAUGCUGCAGAUGCUAGGCUAACGGUCGUAGUGCCUCCAACCAGGCGACCAGACAUCAUUAUCAAAAGUGAUCCACCAACAGUAGGUCAAGCAUUACGGGUGGUCUGCCGCCCCAGUGGCGGGCGACCUCUUCCUAAACUGACCUGGUACAACGGAACUCAUCCUAUCCGGCAGCCGGUACACGGCUGGAACAGGGGAAGACAGGCAGCAGACGGGCAGAGCGCGUUGAUGAUCCCGGUUCUGACCAAAUGGGACAACGGGAUGAACUUGACGUGCAGGGCCGACCAAGGUUUCCCGGACCUAGUUGAACCUGCUGUCACAUCCACUGUCCUAAACAUACAAUAUCCCCCCGUAGUUUCUGCCGUUAAGAGCACAGUCAGAGUGAAGGAGGGGACAUUCACCAAUCUUAGCUGCUAUGUAGACAGCAACCCGCUGGCAACGGUGAUGUGGAGGAAACUAGACGGACAUCUACCUGCAGAUGGCGAAGAAAGACACCGGUCGUUCAUCCUACCUGCCGUGUCCAGAAAACAUGCUGGACGGUACCAGUGCCGGGCUGACAACGGGAUCCAACCAGAUGCCUUCGCUACAAUAUUAUUGGAUGUUUUGUAUCCCCCGACUAUACAAACAAAGUUUGACAAGGUGGAUGUCUUGUUUGGCAACACGGACUACUCACUGGAAUGUAAGGCAGAUGGAAAUCCCAAGCCCAAGAUAAGAUGGCGAAGAACAAACACCAACCUGUACUUCAACAACCCUUUGAGAUUUUCCAAGUCGGAUUACCAGACAGAAGGGGAUUAUGAAUGCGUGGCGGAGAGCGCAGGCUUCCGUGCCGCUGUCAGACAGGCUGUUAUCAAUGUAAUUGGCAGACCAGAUGUUCGUGGUGACCCGGAGACGAUACGCACAUCGCAGGGCAGCUCGGUAACUCUGCUGUGCGAGGUGAAUGCCGACCCACAACUCAGCAGUAUUUCCUGGCUCUGGAGAAACGACCGUGGUCGGCAGAUUGCACUCCGUAAAAACCGCAUCAGUGGUGUGAGCAUUAGACAACGUACAACUACCAUGGGGACCGACAGUAUACUGGUCAUCGAUUCUGUCAGUACCGGCAAUGCCGGGGAGUACAGCUGCAAGGCCACGAAUAUGUUCGGGGAAGAUAGUAGGGACUUCACGAUCGUAGUUGAAGGACCUCCAGUAUUCAUCAUAGCCAUGGUUACAGGUGUGCUAGCGGUCUCCAUAAUUCUCACUGUUGUCGCUGGGAUUUGCAUAGCCAGGAGAAGGAAUUGCAGAUGCUGCAACAAGACAAACACACAAGAAAUGCCGAUAUCGAACGGAACAAAACCUCUUCCUCCAGCGCAUCCUCAUGUCCAUGAGACAUCAAUGAUGGAGUUGGAGGAUUUUGGAGGCACGAUGAAGCCCCGCCCACCUCCUAAAGGGGAAAAAGAUCUUUAUGCCAUCGGCGUGAAUUAUCCUAACCCGGUUAUGCAGACCCCAACAUAUGCUGUGAUGGACAGAAGGAAGUGCCAUUGCAAAGACGAGGAGGCACAUCGCAAGCAUAUCCACAUAGAGACUCACAGAAGACAUAAAAUGAAACGUCCAAUUACAAAACCUGACCACGACUUAUCGCCACACAAUGGGGACUCCUGGAGAGUUGUAUCGAAGAAAAGACACUUGCCUGAAUACUGUGAUAGCCAGGAUGAUGCUUACGCGUACGACGGACCCUACAACAAACACUUUCCAAGAUCAUAGACAGUCGUGUCAUAGACAGCCUUUGCCUGUGGGUGUAAGAUGUAUGCCUGUGAGUAAUCUACAAACUGCAAUGGCGCUUGAGUUUGAAAAGUAAUAAAACAUAAACACGUACGCGUGGUCUAGCUUAAGACAUCAAAAUCAUGGAACUGUAAUUUUCACUUUAGAAAACCGCAAUAACAGAU